AUGGCCUUGCGUAUUUUUGCAGAUGUGGAUACUGCAUCAAAGUGCGCGUGCUUGUUUCCAAAGGAUGUAUCUGCCUGUCGCGCGGUGGCAGAGGCGGCAAAGACCAGAGCAUUGGAAAAGUUGAAUGCAAUUUACUCAGUUGCGGGAAAGCGCACAUUUGCCAACACCGCCGUGGCUGUUGAUGUUGCAGCUGCGGAAUUUGCCGUUUCUUCAAGUUUGCUUUCCGUGAUUAUGAGCGUUUCCGCAGAUAAAGCGACACGUGAGGAGGCCAACAAGCAAGUUAUUGAGCUCAAUUCUUUUGAAAUUGACAAUUUUCAGUACAAUAAACGUCUUUAUGAGGCCCUGAAGGAUGUUUCCCAGAGCGUUGAAUAUCAGAAAGAAUACUUGGAGGGUAAGAAAGACAAAGAAUACUCUUACUGGCUUGAGAAUGAGCUAAAAGCUUACAGAAGAAAAGGUAUGGAGUUACCAGAGGACAACUUUAAAGAAGUUGUGGCAUUAAACAAAGAUCUCUCGGCCUUGUGUACAACCUUUUCCCGAAAUAUAAGUGAAGAUAGGACUGAAAUUUUGGUUUCAGCUGAAGGUCUUAAAGGAGUGCCAGAAUCCAUUGUCAAAGGACUCGAAAAGGGAGAGGAUGGUCGGCUUAUAUUGAAAAUGGACUACCCAACUUAUUUUGGGGUGAUGAAAAACGCCGAGGUGGCUUCCACCCGCCAAGCUAUGGCUCGGGCUGCGAGCAACAAGGCAUAUCCUGUGAACGAGCCGGUUCUGAAAGAAAUGAUUGUCAAAAGACAGGCUUUAGCAGAACUGCUUGGUUUUCCUUCCUACAGUUAUCUUAAUUUGGAUGAUAAGAUGGCAAAGUCUCCUGACACUGCAAAGGCGUUUGUUGAUGAUCUUAUUCCUCGGCUUCAGCAGAAAUGGAAAUCUGAACUGGAGUUGAUUAAAAAAAACUUACACGAAAGCUGUAUUUUGACGCAGGAUGGACGCUUACAGGAAUAUGAUGUGGCGUUCAUGAUGAACCAAAUUAAAAAGAAUCAAUUCAAUGUUAGCGAGACUGAAAUUCAAGAAUACUUUCCGCUUGAUGUUACUGUUAAGGGUUUGUUUGAUAUAUAUCAGGCUUUUUUUAAUAUUAACUUUACCCGUAUUGACAACGGUUCCGAAUUUUGGGAUAAAAGUGUUUUUACGCUUUGCGUCAAGGACAACGCAACUGGAAGGACGUUGGGACACGUAAUUAUGGACCUUUUUCCACGUGAGGGAAAGUAUUCACAUGCUUGCUGUCACCAGGUUGUUCCUCCUGUUCUUUUGCGUGGAUCGGAAGACGAAUUUUCACCUGCCUUGGGUGUUGUAAUUGCGAAUUUUCCGGCACCUUCGAAAGAUCAACCUUCGUUAUUUCUUCACGAUAAUGUGGUCACAUUUUUUCACGAAUUUGGUCACGCUAUUCAUGGGCUUCUGGGGCGCAGUCGCAUGGCUACUUUUGCUGGAACAAAUGUCAAACGGGAUUUUGUUGAAUUACCCUCCCAAAUGCUGGAGGAAUGGGUAUGGGAGCUGGAACUUCUUCAAAAAAUAACGUCUCACUACAAAACGCAUGAACAUUUGCCCAGUGGGCUUGCGGAGGCAAAGGUUAAGUCUCGAAAUGUCUUUAGCGGUCGGGAUUCCUUAAGACAGUUGGAAUUUGCCACCUAUUCCCUGGAAAUUUUUUCCGCUUCUUUUGCAGGCGGAAAAGACACCAAUAAAUUGGAUACUACGGAGCUGAUAAAAAAUGUUCGCUCAAGGAUUAAUCCUGAUAUUAAGUAUGCGGAUGACACACAUUUUGAAUGUUCUUUUGGGCAUCUUACAAGUUAUGGUGCGGGAUAUUAUGGGUAUAUGUGGUCCAAGGUCUUUGCUCUUGAUGUGUACGGGUAUAUCAAGAGUCAUAACGGUCUGCUAGAUCCUGUACUCGGCAAGCGUUACAUUUCCGACAUUAUUGGUGUUGGAGGUGGCAAGGAUCCAAGUGAGAUGCUGAAAAAAUUUCUGGGUAGAGAGCCUAACAGCGAUGCAUUCUUGAAAAGCCUCGGGGUUUAG